CUCUAUAUACCGAGCCUAUGAUCUUUAGUGUCAUUUUGUAUUUGUAUUAAUUUAUAUUAAAUGCUCUUUCAUGGUACAUAAACAUCGUUUUAAUUUUUUGUCAAUUAAUUUACUAAAGUUUUAAAAUAUUCCAUAAAUUGGUGGAGUAACAGUAAAUCCUAUUUGAUAUCUUUAUAUGUUUGAUUUUUUUUUCAAAAUAAUGAAUGGAGAUUGGUUUUAUUUUAUUCCACAAUUAUGCCAGGCAGAACAUAUUUUUAAUCAAUAUUGAUAAAUUCUAUAUUUGAUUGUGAUAUUUUGGCCUUGCAGGAGUUAGGUACUAGACUUCAGCGACCACUAGUUUUAAAUAAGGUAAAUGCUCUGCAAAUCAUUGUCUCUACCAAAUGAAUGAUUACCAAACUACUAGUAGAUUUGUAGCCGAUUAUGAUUCUACAAUGAAAUGUAAUAAUGAAUACAUAUACACACGCUUAGAACAAAAGGGUGUAGCAGCUUGAUGACAUGUUUUUCAACACGUUUAACAAACAAAACGAUCUCACAAAACUGAAAAGGACAUCGAUAGCCAUUAGCCAACACAUCUACACACAAAAUGGAAUGCUAUUCAAGCAAGUAAGCAACAUUGAUGCCAAUUUGCCAAAGACCACUAUCAAAAUGAGACUAGCUAGACUACAAGAUUAUUUGCAUUAUAGUAAUUUACUUAUACCAAAAGCUCUUGGAAAAUCCUUUUACGCAGGUCAACUUAAAAGAACCUUCAUAAAAAAGACAUUAAUUACUAUCUAAUGGUAUAAUCUUUAUUACAUAAGAUUAGUUCCAACGUCGUCGCUAAUCACAAUCCGGGAGAUGUAAUGACGAACGUGGGGCCAAGGAAGCUUCCAUCACGAUGUAACCGACGCAUACUCAUCGUUUAUUCUAUUCCUUUUAUAUCUAAAAAAAAAGAAUAACAGUCGUAUAAACAUUUGUAUUAUAGUUUGACGUCUCUAGCUUACGUGAAAGAGAAGACUUGUUCAAAGAGAGAAAGAAGAGAUCAUGGAUCAUCAACAACAACAACUCUUCUCUCUCUGCUCAGUUCCAUACGUUUUCAACAUCAAGAAACAUUUCUUCGUCAGCCUCUUUUCACUUAGCCUCCUCAUAUUCUCGACCCUCGUCAUCUUCAACCUUGUCGGCUCCUCCUCCUCCUUGGAGCCUCUUCUCCGUUUCGGAUUGUUGUCGCCCUCAUCGCAAAACUCAACAAAGGAUUGUGAUUACUCCAAAGGAAGAUGGGUUCGUAGAACAUCAUCAUCAUCAUCAUUGAUAUACGGAGAAGAGUGUCGCUUUCUUGAUUCAGGUUUUCGUUGUCGCAAGAACGGAAGAAAAGAUUCUGAUUAUCUAAACUGGCGAUGGCAACCACACGGCUGCGAUCUCCCACGGUUUAACGCAAGUGAUUUUCUGGAGAGGAGUAGGAACGGGAGGAUAGUGUUCGUGGGAGAUUCCAUUGGAAGAAACCAAUGGGAAUCACUCAUGUGCAUGCUCUCACAAGCAGUACCUAACAAGUCAGAGAUCUACGAAGUGUAUGGGAGCCCCAUAACCAAACACAAAGGCUUUCUCUCCAUGCGGUUCCCUCAGCAAAACCUCACAGUUGAGUACCACAGAACACCGUUCCUUGUCGUCAUUGGCCGGCCACCUGAACACUCACCGCAAGAGAUCAAAACCACAGUGAGAGUCGACGAGUUUAACUGGCAAUCAAAAAGAUGGGUUGACUCAGAUGUUCUUGUCUUCAACUCAGGGCACUGGUGGAACGAGGAGAAGACCGUGUUAGCAGGAACAUACUUUGAAGAGGGAAGGAAAGUGAACAAGACAAUGGGAGCAAUGGAGGCGUUUGGGAAGUCUUUGAAGACAUGGAAGUCAUGGGUGUUACAAAGACUUGAUCCUGACAAGAGCUAUGUCUUCUUCAGAAGCUACUCUCCAGUGCACUACAGAAACGGGACAUGGAACCUGGGAGGUCUAUGUGAUGCAGAGACUGGUCCUGAGACUGAUAAACAGAGAAUGGAGCCUGAUGCAGCUCACAAUAGAUAUAUCUAUGAAGCAAUUGAAGAGAUGAAGUAUCAACACAGUAAGGUUAAGUUUCUCAACAUUACGUAUCUGACAGAGUUUAGGAAAGACGGCCAUCCUUCUCGGUAUAGAGAGGGUGGUACUCCUGUUGAUGCUCCUCAAGACUGCAGCCACUGGUGCUUACCAGGGGUACCUGACACGUGGAAUGAGAUUCUCUAUGCGCAGCUGGUGUCAAUGAAUUAUAGAACAAAGUGAGGUUCAACCUUCAGGAUCAAGAGAUGGAUCAAAAGCAAGUACAAAGAGAAGGCAUUACCAAGCAUAGGCUAGAUUAGUUCAUUAACUCAGACAUACUGCCAAUGAUAGUUGUAAGCGUUAACGAUGGAGAGAUUCAUAUAGACAUGAUUUUGUACAAAGCAACCAUCAACACAUCAGUGUAGAAGUUCUGAAACUGAAACUUAACAGAUCAUACCAGUCUGGAAACAUUAUUGAUCAUCAUCUGUAAUAAAAAGCGAUAUAUACA